AUGAGUGCUUCCGCUACUGCUGCUGUGGCAGCAAGGGAGGGCGACCAUGCGGAACAGGAACAGGAGCCGGUGGAGCUCUCCGAGGCGUACGUCCACUCGCUGGCUUCCCUUGGCCUGGAGCGUUUGCAAAACGAGCCCGGACGCUUGCACGCCGAGGCGAUAGCUGUCGACGAGGCUCUGCACACGCUCAGUCUCGACCACUACAGAGUUUUCAUACAGAACCAGGAGUGCGUUCGGCACGUGCGGGCGCAGGGGAAGGAGAUGGAGGGGCACCUGGCGUCGCUGCUUACGGAGGUCCACGGGCUGGGCGCGGAGUUCUCCGUUUUUCAGCGGGAGGCGGCGGAACUCGUGGGAGGGCACAAGAGGAACAGGCAGACCCUCAAGCACCACAUGCAGCUGGUCGAGCUGCUGGAGGUGCCGCAGCUGAUGGACGCGUGUGUGCGCAGCGACCUGAUGGAGGAAGCCCUCUCCAUCGCCACCUUCGCCUCUACCCUGGAGAGGCGGCACCGAAGUCGCCGAGUGGUGCCAUCCGCGCCCGUCGGCAGCGUCGGAGGGGAUACCGCAGCGAAAGACGAGCCCAUCGAGGGACACCUCCCAGGCGUGAUCAAGAUGAUCGUGGAGGAGGUGCGAGAGAGCGCGAGGGGGUUGCAAGAGAGGCUGGUCGCCAAGCUCCGUGGCCCCAUCCAGCUAACCAGCUGUCUGCAGGUCGUAUCCUGCCUGCGGCGCCUGGAGAUCCUUGCCCUCGAGGAGAAGACCGAGAAAAAGAAGCAGCGGCAGCGGGCACUAGCGCGUAAGGCAGACGUAGAUGCCAAGGGGUCGCCGCUGAAGAACAGCAACGGCGGCGGCGGCAGCGGCAGCAAGCGAGAAGUGGCGGCGAUGGGAGCCGCCAAGAUCGGAGGAGGUGGUGUCAGCCAGCGGCAGCUCGCGCUCGUGGAAAUGAAGCUUCAGGCUCUCAUGGACCUGAUCGAGAGCUGUCGAUCGCAGUGGUUCGAGGUGGCUACACAGUUCAGGGCCAUUUUUCUGUCUGUGGAAGGGAGCGGCGGAGGGUCGGCAACAGCCGCGCGUCAGUCGGCGGUUUCCUCGCCCCGUGUGGGCGAAGGGUUGACCACCGGUAGCGGACGAGACAGCGGGGAUAUCUUGUCGCUGUGGCUGCUCCGGAGAGUUAGCGCGUUUGUGGAGCAGCUGAAGGGCCUUCUACCCCUCGUCGAGGACGGAGGUUUGCUGAGGAGCCUCUUGGAAGAGUGCAUGUUCUUCGGGGCGAGCAUGGGGAGGCUGGGCACGGACUUCCGGGGGUUGCUGGUGCCAGUUUUCGAAGAGAGGGUCAGCGGCGCGGCGGCGGCGCAGUGGGCGACGGCGUCCGCCGAGUUCGUGGUGACUCUUCGAGAUGUUGCCGCCAUCGAGGCUGCCGGAGGCAACGGCGCCUCCCUCCUCCACGUCCCGGACAGAUCGACGAUCACAACGUCCCGUGGCGGCCCUGCCAACGGGCACGGCACGAGCGGCGCCGGCGCUGCCGCUGCCGCUGCCGAGGCGGAAAGGAGGGCGGCGCUGUACGGGGGGGACGGGGGGAUCCCUCCCCCUCCUCGGUCCCUGAUGGCGUUCCCGCCGGUGGCGCGGCUGCUGAACCUGGUGCUAACGUCAUUCAAUCAGCUGCGGGAGUGCCUCCCUUCUUCCGUUGAAGGCCGGCUGGCGGACGCCCUGGUGCUCUCCUUCACCGACGCCUUCCGCGGCCUGGCGGAGCUAAAGAAGACCACCUUGAGGACCAACGCGGCCGCCGCCUCUGCCUCCGUACCCAACUCGGGGUCGCCGACUGCAACGGGUGGUGUCGGCAGUGGCCCUCCUUCGGGGAGAGGAGGGGGGGCCGCGGCUGGGAACGGAGGAGAGCUGCACGUCAACACCACCUUUCGUGCCUUGGGGCUGGCCUGCGAUGCCCUCGCGGAGCAAGCGGUGCCUCACCUGGCCCUGUGCUUCGCGGCCCUGUUCGGUGAGACCUCGUCCGCCGCUGCUAACGGCGAUGGCGGGAAAGCCGUGACGACGGGGGAGAGGGCGGAGAAGCUGCGUGCUCGGCUUUUGGGGUCUUUGGAGAGCCUCGGUAUCUACGAGCCACCACCACCACCUCCAGUGCCAGCGCCAGCGCCAGCGGCGCCUUCUGCCCCGCCGACCCCGACAGCCACGAUAACGACUUCGCCGGGAGCGGCGGGGGCGGUGUCGCAGCCAGCAUCGGCAUCUUCAGCAACAACGGCCGCCGCAUCAGGGGCGGUGGCGUUGUCUACGCCGCUCCCGCCGACCAGUCCUCCGGCCGCAGAAGGAGGGGGAGGAGCGGCAGGGGAGGAGGUGCCGCUCAAGUCGAAGGCGGCGGAGCUAGUGGAGGGGGGGGAAGAGGCAGGGACGGCGGCGGCGUUGGCUUGA